CAUUCUGUGUACGUUCUGGGUUUCUGUGACUGGGUUCAGUGUGACUCACACUGGGUUCAACUGACAUGAACAACUGACUGUUAAUACCGACCUUGGAUUAGCGAUUAUACAUCUACGUAAACGACGAGUUUGUUUGCUUUUUAUGUGAAAGCGAAGGGGCUGAAAUUUAACACUUAAUUGUCUAUUCAUUUUUAAACCUGCUGUUCUUCUACUGAUGAUCACAUUCGUAAAAGGUCCUAGCAGACAUGACAAGUAAAAUGAAUGACUUUGGCGAUUCCGAGAUGGUUAAGGGGAUCUCUUUCAAAAAGAGAAGAGAGAGCCUCCCCUUGGAGUCUGCAUCCAACAGCAUCGUCGGCUCUCCUGAGUUACUGCCAUCUCUAGACUUCCGGGACGAGGAGCCUUCAGCCCAACAUCACAAGUACUACGCCAGCUGUCAGAAUAUGAUUCCUCUCCGGUUUACUUCUCAGUCUAACCCCAUGGAUGAUGCUGGGUUUUUCUCCUUCACGUCAUUCUCCUGGAUGACACCCUUAAUGUGGAAGAUCUUCAGGAAGAGGCUGGACCACGGUUCUUUGUCUUUGUCGCCACAAGACAGUGCUCACGUUAACGGAAAGAGGUUCCAGAGGCUUUGGGAAGCAGAGGUAGCCAGAGUGGGAUUUGAGAAGGCAUCCUUGGGACGAGUCAUGAUUCGUUUUCAGAGAACGAGAAUGUUCGUGGCGUUCUUCAUCAGCGUUUUGUUUACAGUAGCGGUUUUUAUUGGACCGUCUGUCCUAGUUUAUGAAAUUUUGAACUUUGUGGAGAUUCAGGACUCCAACGUACUUCAUGGGGUUGGUCUUUGUUUUGCCCUUUUCACCUCCGAAUUUUGCAAAGCCUUCCUCGUAUCGCUGCUCUGGGCAGUGAAUAUACGGACUGGCAUCCGAGUCAAAAGUGCCUUCUCCACCCUGGCCUUCCAGAAGAUCAUCUCUCUGAGGAUGCUCAACAACAUUUCAGUGGGGGAAAUAAUUAACCUGCUCACUAAUGAUGGGUACCGGAUGUUUGAGGCUGUCAUAUUUGGUACAUUCGUUUUCUGCUUACCACUGCUGCUGAUCAUUUGCGUCUCGUAUGCCUGCUAUAUCCUGGGCUACACAGCCUUAAUUGGUGUCCUCGCGUACGCCGUCUUCAUUCCUGUACAGUUUGGUAUGGGCAGAUUGAUCAACUUCUACAGGAAGAAGACCAUCUCUGUGACGGACACACGCGUGCGCACCAUGAAUGAGAUCCUUACAUGUGUCAAGCUCAUCAAAAUGUACGCCUGGGAAACCUCUUUUGAGGAAAAAAUCACUGAUAUCAGGAAGAAGGAGAAGCUCUUACUGCAGAAAGCUGGCUACAUUCAGAGCCUGAAUAACGCCAUCACCACCGUCAUCCCCACUGUGGCCACCAUCCUUGCCUUCGUUGCACACACAUCCCUGGGGUUCCCCCUAAACUCGUCGUCUGCCUUCACCAUCAUUGCCAUUUUCAAUUCCAUGCGCUUCACUCUGGGCCUUCUCCCGUUUGCAGUUAAAUCCAUGGCAGAGUCUAAGGUCUCCUUGACACGCUUGAAGAAAAUCCUAUGUAUGGAAAACCCGGAAUCCUAUGUGAGGAUGGAAGCAGGGUCUCCUUAUGCCCUGGUGAUGGAGAAAGCAUCUUUCUCAUGGGAAAAUACCCAGGGGGGGCCGGAAAAAAUGCAGGACUCCCACGCCAAUGGGGUGAAGGGCAGGAAGGGAAAACCCCAGGCUCAGAAUGGGACAUGUACCCCCGAGAAGGUCAAACUUGUGCUGAGAAACAUCAACUUUGUGCUACCUAAGGGAGGUCUUCUUGGAAUCUGUGGGAAUGUAGGAUCUGGAAAAACAUCCUUAAUAUCAAGCAUUCUGGAGCAGUUGCACCUCCAUCACGGCUUGGUGACCGCAAAUGGGACGUUCGCCUACGUCGCCCAGCAGGCCUGGAUUUUUCAUGGGACUGUACGAGACAACAUUCUUAUGGGGGAGGAGUUCGACGAGGACAGGUACAACAAAGUGAUCAGUGCCUGCAGCCUUAAGCCUGACCUGGAAAUCCUCACUUUCGGGGAUAAAACUGAAAUCGGUGAAAGGGGCCUGAAUCUCUCAGGUGGGCAGAAGCAGAGAGUGAGUCUGGCCAGAGCUGUGUACUCGAACAAGGACAUCCUGCUGCUGGACGAUCCUCUCUCCGCUGUGGACGCCCACGUGGGGAAGCACAUCUUCGAGGAGUGCAUCAAGAAGGAGCUGAAGGGGAAGUCAGUCAUCCUGGUGACGCAUCAGUUGCAGUACCUCGAGUUCUGCGAUGAAAUCCUCCUUCUUGAUAAUGGAGAGAUUAAAGAAAUUGGAACCCACAAGGAAUUGAUGAAGUUAAAGCGUCAUUAUGCAAAGCUCAUUACUAACUACAAGCUGGAGCAGUCGAAUAAUGCAAGCAAGGCUGAUUCUGAGCCUGAUGCAGCAGAGUGUAAUGAGAAAAAUGAUUCUGACAGUGUAGCAAACGGAAUAGAGAAUCCUGCAUUUGACAUGUCAGACGAAUCAGGCGGAACAGACGGGUCAAAAGUCGAAUCCGCGAGUCAUGACGUUAAAGGUACCAGUGACCAGCUUGUCUCCAAGGAAUCUGCCCAGGAGGGCUCAGUGACAUGGAGGACCUAUCACCAGUACUGCACAGCAGCCGGAGGUUAUAUCAUAACCUUGAUCAUCCUCAUCAUUUUCAUACUGCUUGUGGGAACGACGGCUUUCAGUAGCUGGUGGCUCAGUUAUUGGCUAGAACAAGGAUCUGGGGGAAACUCCACAAACGGUGACGACAGUGGGAACAUAUCGGACAACCCGGACCUCCUCUUCUACCAGCUGGUGUACUGCAUAGUCAUUGUGGCCAUGGUUCUCUUCAGCGUCAUCAAAGGCUACUCCUUCACUAAGGUCACCCUGCGCGCCUCCUCCAAGCUCCACGACAGAAUGUUUAGAAAGAUUCUCCUGAGCCCAAUGAGCUUUUUUGACACCACACCCACGGGCAGGAUGGUCAACCGCUUCUCCAAGGAUCAGGACGAGGUGGACACUGCCCUGCCAUUCCACUUAGAGAGCUUCUUCCAGUUCUGCUUGAUAGUCGUCUUCAUCCUCGGCACUGUCUCGGCUGUCUUUCCUUACCUUCUCAUUGGCAUAGUCGUGCUGGGCCUGGUGUUCAGCGCCAUCCUUUAUGUUUUCCAGAGGAGCAUCCGGGACAUGAAAAGGAUGGAGAACAUUAGCAGGUCUCCUUGGAUCUCACACACAACAUCCACCAUCCAAGGUCUCGGCACCAUCCAUGCCUACAGCAAAGGGACGCAUUACAUUGAAAAGUUCAAGUUGUUGAGUGACGUGAACUCGAACCACUUCUUACUCUUCAACUGUGGGACCCGCUGGCUAUCCUUCAGGCUGGACUUCCUCUCUGCCAUCGUCACCCUCUUAGUGGCACUGUUUGUCGUGCUGAGCCCAGAAACCAUAAGUUCAGCCUUGAAAGGCCUGGCUCUGUCCUACACAAUCCAGCUGACAGGAAUGUUGCAGUAUGUUGUGAGGCUAUCAACAGAGGUAGAAGCAAAAUUUACCUCCGUCGAAAGACUGCAGGAAUAUAUCACGAACUGUGUCCCAGAGGCACCUAGGAAGAUCGAGGAUGCUAAGAUCCCCAGUGGCUGGCCCCAGAAAGGGGCCAUCACCUUUAAGAGCUACUGCAUGAGAUACAGGGAGAACACCCCCAUAGUGCUGAACAACCUUAAUAUGAGCAUUGCACCAAAUGAAAAGAUUGGCAUUGUGGGAAGAACGGGCUCAGGGAAGUCCUCGCUCGGAGUGGCCUUGUUUCGUCUCGUGGAGCCAGCCGCUGGCACGAUCUUCAUCGACGACGUGGACGUCAGCCUGAUCGGGCUGGAGGACCUGCGCAGCAAGCUGUCUGUAAUACCACAAGACCCCGUGUUGUUCAUUGGCAGCGUGAGAUAUAAUCUCGACCCUUUCGACAAUUACAAGGAUGAGGACAUCUGGAAGGCUUUGGAAAGGACAUAUAUGAAAGAUGCUAUCUCCAAGCUGCCUGGGAAGCUGGACUCAGCUGUGGUGGAGAAUGGUGAGAACUUCUCAGUGGGCGAGAGGCAGUUGCUAUGUAUGGCCCGAGCUCUCCUCAGGAACUCCAAGAUCAUCCUUCUGGACGAGGCCACGGCCUCCAUCGACUCUGAGACAGACUCCUUGAUCCAGCACACCAUACGAGAUGCCUUCCAUGACUGUACCUUGCUCACCAUCGCCCACCGCAUCAACACUGUGCUGGAGUGUGACCGCAUUCUCGUCAUGGACGGCGGAAAGGUUGGAGAGUUUGACAGACCGGAAGUUUUGGUGCAGAGACCGGAUUCUCUUUUUGCAUCCCUCCUGGAUGCAGCAAACAAGGUGAACACCUGAGGUGAAGCCGGUGAUGGAAGCGUAAAGAUGCACCAAUCUGGGGAUUGUCACCCACAUGCAGGAAAUGCAAACGACACUUGCGGCUGCAUUUGUGAUCACACACACGUGCUGUCUUCUCUCUCGGACACUCGCGCGCACACAUACUUGUAGGGAUCAGGAACAUUCGCGGUGAUGGCAGAAGGACAGGCCCGACCAGGAACCACUCUGAGCAUCUGUGGCCGUUUGAGGAGAAAUAUCCCGAAAUAAAUUUUCUAGCGACCUGCGGUAGAGAACAAAUACUCCUCUCUUGCUUGAAUGAAACACUAAUAAUAUAGCAUAGCAUAACCUAUUUCAAAAGCGAUUAUUAUUUGAUUUCCUACAAAAUUCAGAGGUCACAACUCUGGCUUGGCAUUCUAAAAUGCAGAAUUUUAGCUUUUUGUUAAAUCCCCUUAUAUAAUACUGUGUUCCCCGGCUUCCAGAACUGAUCCAUCCAUACGUUCAUCUUCAAACUACUUCUGCCAGUACUUGAAGUGAGCCAGUACUCACUGGUACACAGUACUGGCACCAGGAAUGUCUUGUGUACCAACACAUAAUAGCAAGGGAAGAAGUGGUACGGUAGCGGUUCCUGAGUCAUCAAGACUCACAGUAAGGCAGAAAUGCAAAAGAGCGCCCUCUGGUGGUUGAGAUAAGCAUCACAUGUAGCUUCGCUGCAGCAGAGGGCGUAAACUAGGAGCUUUUGACCGGCAAAAAACCAGCGUCUCCGAUAGGAUGUUUACACUGUUGUCCGUAGAGUGUGAUUGUAUGUACGUGAGUCCAGCCUCGUGCUCUGUGCCUCCUGGAAUGUAACUCGUGACAGUAACAACCCCAUUCCAUAUGGGGGCCGGGUAUAUUUGACUACUUUUAUGUUUCCCAGUUACGGAGCAUGUGGUUUGGUCAGCAGUUUGCUUGUGUGUGUGUGUGUGUGCAUGUGAGUUUGUAUCUCCAGUGACUCGCUGACAUGGUUUCACUACUUUUUUCAAGCAUCUAAAGGUCCAUACUUUAAAUACCAAUUAACACCAACCACAUCAUUAAUUAAAUUACAAAGUUCAUUUAACCCCAUACACAGCAAUGAGCGAUCACGUGUAUCGCAGCAAUUCAAACUCCCAAAGAAUUAAACCCCCCCCCCCCAAAAAAAAAAAAUUGAGAAAUGACUUUCCAAUAUAUGGUCCACAGUUAAAAACACUUUCUGCUGCUUUAGCUGUAUUUGUAUUUAUUUUAUAUUUCCAUUUUUGUAACAUUUACUUAGUAUCAUAUGCUUUAUAUUGUUUCUUUUUUCACCUUUUCUGACGUUUAUGUAAAGCACUUUGAAUUAUUUCAUGUAUGAAAAAUGUGCUCAAUAAAUAAAGUUGUGUUCCUCCAACCCUGA